AUGUGCUUCCGGAGUUUGGCCCUUUUGGGUCUUCUCUCCUUCGUCGCACUCUCCGGAGCGAAACUGCGUUGGAAAUGCGAACUGACCGAUACGAGUCAGGAGACUUCCAGCCCCUUGUCCAUUUUAGAUCCGAACAGACCGAUCAGCAAGAAUAACACGCGGAUCGCCCGCUCGACUGGCCCGAAAUGCCGUCCUCGUCCGAAGAACGGAACUGUCGGACCGACAGCGGAAACAGAGAAACUGAAGGUGAAGACGAAGAAGACGGUGAUUCAGUCGGAUGCUCCGAGCAACACGAGUCCGGGAGACACGGAUGCGCCGAGCAUUAAGUACCAGAGGAAGGAGACGAAGCAGACGAUGGAUCUGAACAUCGGACCCGGAUUCGAGCAGAGCAAUGAUCCCUACGGACGGAGCAGAGAGCCCGUGCCACGCAGGUACCUUUAAAGAUUUCCCUAAAGUCAGAACUAUCUGAAGAAUUCCAUUCAGAUUCCGCCCGGCCGAGUUAAAAGGAGCCGAUGAGCUCGACAAACCGUUGACAGAGCACCUCGAUCAGAAUGUGAUGCCCGACUUUGAAUUCGACGAAGAUGAGGCUCCGCCCCUUCUGGAGGACCUUCCGUGGUGUCCAGAACAGCCGGAUGAGAAGGAGAACUGCGAGGAUGCGGAUCUGAAGAAAAUGAGCAAAACGGAACUGAUGCAGCUAAAAAAGGCGUGCGAAACAAUCGUGAGCAGCAAGCGACUGGAACUGAUUGACAAUCUGAUCGGAACUGACGACAAUCAACCGAUGGAGGGAGUCAUUCCGACGACCGAUCGGACAGUCGCUCUUCCGCCGACCGGAGCUGCGAACUGCUCGGAGAGCCCUUCCAAUCUGAGCAACAGUACUCUCGAAAAGUUCCGGAAGGAGUGUCCGUGCGAGGGAGACACGAGACAGAUGAAGACGGAAGAGUUCGAGCAGUUCAAGAAGGACUGCUUGGAGACGAUCGACGUACCCGGAAAGCCGUUUGUCAGGAAGAGUGCAAGAUGUGGAGCAUCUCAGGCCAAGAUGAAUGCGAUGCGUGAACAGGAAUAUGCUCUGUUCGUGAAGGAGUGCUUCGUCAAGCCAAACAUCAAUCUCUUGUUGAAAGUGGUCAAAGAGAGUCCUGAAUGUAAAUCUGAUGUCUCGAGAAUGGGAAAGAAGGAGGUUAGUAGACAUAGAUUAUUCUGGGUCAUGCUCGCAAAUCAAUAUUUCAGUACUCCGAGUACCGGAAGAAGUGCAUCGUGGAGAAGCAGUGCGAAGACGUGAACGAGAAAGGGCUAACGAGGAAAGAGCUGGCUAAGUACAAGAAGAGGUGUUCGUCUGUGACUCGGAAGACGAAGGACGUUUGCGAUGAAGAGGAUCUCGAUGAGCUGGACGACGAACAGUUUGAAUUGUACAAGAAGGAAUGCGUAUUCGUGAAAGAAGACGAUUGCGAUGGCGUGGAUGUGGACGCUCUGAACGAGGACGAAUACGAGAAGUACACGAAGAAGUGUCUGGCGCCAAUGGACUGCAGGACAGUGAAUCCGGAUGAGUUGAGCAAGAAGGAGGUUUGAGGAGAUGACAAUGAGUGUUGGUGAUAUCUGGGUUUCAGUAUAAGAGGUAUCAGAAGGAGUGCUCAGAAUCCAGACCGGACUCUCGAAGCAACUGCUCUGGAUUGAAUAUUGAAGAGAUGAGCAGGAAAGAAGUUGGUUUCUCAACUACUUUCAUGUUAAAGAUUGUCUGUUUCUCUACAGUAUUCCGACUACAAGAAGAGGUGCGACACUCCGCCUGUCAAUUGUCAAGAAGAUGCACAAAGAACUGAGGAAAUGAGUGCGAAAAAGUUCCAAACGUUCCUGCUCGAGUGCACGAAUCGGAAGAACUGUGUGAAUUUGAAAGCGGAAACGAUGCGCGAUGGACGGGACGUUCAGUUUGAGAAGGAGUGCGUUGAAAGAAGGAAAGAGUGCGAAGAGAAGAUGGAAGUGGAUCUGAAAGGGGAGGAAGUGAGUGUGGGGAAGAAGGAAGCCAGGUCAUGAGGGGGAGUUUCAGUUGCGUGAGCACGAAAGAGAGUGCAAUGAGUUCGACUGUUUGACCGUCGAUCCGAACGGACUGUCAAAACCGGAAUACAAACGAUACAAGAAGGAGUGUCUGGGAAAGACGAGAACCGUCUGUGAGCAUGUCGAUCCGAACGAACUCAGCGCUCAGGAGGUAAGUAUUUUUUUCAUGACGACCCUAACUGUCUUUGUUGCUUUCAGUACAAGAAGUACGAGCGAGAGUGUCUCUCCGAACAAUCAAACAUCGACUGUCUGACUGUUGAGCCGAAGAAACUGAGCAAAGAGGAAAUUAGCGUGUUUGAAAAGAAGUGCCUCAAACGAAAACCGGAUUGCAAAGGAGUAGAGAUGGAUAAUCUGAGUGAUGAGGAAUACGAAAAGUACAAGAAAAAGUGCCUGAGUGAGAAUCCCAAGCCCAACUGCUUCGGCAUUUAUCCAGAGGAUCUCAGCGACGGAGAAGUAAGCAACGAUUUCUGAAACCAUUAAGAAAACCUAAUUGUUAUUUCAGAAGGAACUGUACAAGAAAGAUUGUCCGAAUGGAAGAGAAGACUGGAAUUGCACUGCUGUUGACUUCAAAGAUCUGAGCAAGAAACAGUUGAGAUUGUUCAAGAAAUUGUGUGUCAAACAGAAGAAGACAUGCGAAAACGGGACUGUGGAGGAGCUCAACACUGAAGAAUUCCGGGAAAAAUGUCUGAAGGAGAAGCCGGAGUACGACUGCGAAGAUGUCAAUUCGAAGGAUUUGAAUAACGAGGACGUGAGUGAGCGGGAGUUAGGAACUGGUUAAAAAGGAAGUUUACAGUAUGAAAUGUACAAGAAAGAGUGUCUGAAUGAUGAGAAUGAUAAGCGAGGGGCGCCAGAAUGCCAGAAUGUGAACGUGGAUGAUCUGAACGACGAAGAAUACAAAAAGUAUGAGCGGGAGUGCUUGGAUCGGAAGAAAAAAGAGAAGGAUUGUGCCUCUACCAAUCCAGAGAAACUGACAAGAAAACAGUUCAAGAGGUACGAGAAACAGUGUCUCGAAAGGAAGUCAUCAGCCGAUUGCAACGUGGUUCCCGACGAGUUAAAGGACGACGAAUACGAGAAGUACAAGAGAGAGUGUCUGAGCAGGAAAAGCCCUUCGGAGGAUGACGACCUGGACUGCUGGUCCGUUGAGCCGCAGAAACUGAGCAGAAAACAAUUCAAACGGUACGAAAAGUACUGUCUUCAAAGAAAGUCAUCGGCUAAUUGCGAUGUGAACACGGACGAUCUGAGUGACGAAGAAUACGAGAAGUACAAGAGAGAAUGCCUGAAAAGACGACAUUUUGACUGCGACAGUGCGAAUCCGGAAGAAAUGAGUGAGAAGAAGCUGAAGAAGUACGAGAAGGAAUGCCGGAACAAGAAGAACAGCUCCGAUUGCGACACGAUUAAUCCGGAAAAAUUGACAGAUGAAGAGGUGAGAUUUCAAACCAUUUCAAUCAAAAUUACAACAGUUUCCAGUAUGCCAAGUACAGGAGAGACUGUCCGGAUUCACCAAAACGACCUUCUUCUGAAUGUGACAGUGUCAACAUCGACGAGUUGAGCAGAAAGGAAUUCAAGAAGUAUCAAAAGGAAUGUCCCUCAGAAGGCAGACAGAGUCCGGACUGCGAUGACGUGGAUAUCAAUGAAUUGAGUGACGAGGAGGUAAAUUCAGAGAACGAUGGAGUGAACCGAACAAUUUUCAGUUCUCUGUCUACAAAAAGAAAUGUUCGUCGAGUCCUUCGGCUCCAAAGGACCCGCCUGGAGAAAACGUGGAAAUCACGAAGAAGGUGGUGGUUGGCAAUCCGGAAUGCGUCAACGCCAACACGGACGGAAUGAGUGAAAAGGAGGUUCGUAGAGGGACACUCCCACAGUUCAUUUUUCUGUUUUCAGCACUUGGAGCACCGGGCCAACUGCUCGGGUGAAACUGUCAUUCUGACGAAGAAAGUCACAAUCACUGAAGGAAAUCCACCGGAAGACGGUUCGAAAGGAGAAGGAUGCGAAGGCGUGGAUGUGGAUAAGAUGACAGAUUAUGAGGUUGGAAAUCGGAUAACCAAUUCAUAAUGUACUAUUUCAGUACAAUUCAUACAAAAAGUACUGCAAAGUGAACUUCGACGGGGAAGACUGCGACGACGUUCGUGCCGACAAACUGAGCGAUGAAAAACUAAAGGAAUACGUGAAGAAAUGUGGUCUUUACUGUGGAAUUGACAGGAAAGAAGGGCUGUCGGAGAAGCAGAAGGCGGUGUACGAGGAGAGAUGCGAAGGAGAUACGGAGGAGUUGGACAAGGAUUGCAAAGACAUCGACAUCCGGAAGAUCGGUGAACGAAUGUACGGAGAUUUUGCUGAAAAGUGCGUCGAGCAAAUCAAUGCCUGCUCGAUGCUCAAGUCGAAGCGACUCGUUCGGAAGGUCUACAAUGAGUACCGACUUAAAUGCAAGCCACGUCUUCGCCCAGCCGAGAAUGCUGAUUGUAAAGAGUCUGACACGGAAAAAAUGACAUUGGAAGAGUACAAAGAAUACCAAAAACGAUGUGGAAACGGAUCAGACUGUGAUGAAGUGAACGUCGAAGAACUCAGUGAAAAAAAGGUGAGAUAAUGAAGGAUAUUUCUAGAACGAUGCAUCGUUUUGCAGUUCGAGAAGUACAAAAAGAAGUGUGAACUGGACACCAGAAAGGAAUCCUGCAAGGACAUUGACAUCGACCAGUUGAGCAAGAAAGAGUACAAGAGAUACUUGAAGAAGUGCGGAAGAAAACCAUCGGAAACGGAUGAAAACGACGGCGAAUGUGACUCAGUUCGGGUCAAGGGACUGGGCAAGAAAGAAGUGAGCAAAUUUUUUGACGAUUUUCAAAAAAAUCAAAUUGAAUUUCUCAUUCCAGUUCUCGAAAUACGUGCAAAAGUGCGGAAACCCAGCAGAUACUUCCAUUCCAAACUGCGCUGAUACGGACGUCGAGUCUUUGUCAAAGAAGGAAUUUGAAGCGUACAAAAUUAGGUGUCUGCCAACGAAUACGCCUUCGAAGGAAAGAACGGGACCUCCGGGCGGUGCAAACCCUCAGGAGUUCGGAGGAAAAAACUGUUCGGAUGUGAAUGUGGAAGAGCUGAGCGAUGAGGAACAUAAGGAAUUCAAGAAGAAGUGCUCGGAUCGGAAGACGUCCAGGCCCGAAAAAUGCGAUGGGGAGGAUGUGUACAACAUGUCGAAGGAGGAGUACAGAGAGUACGAGAAGAGAUGCGGACCUCCCGGUCAAGCACCCGAUUUCCCGGACCGACCUGAUAGAGAAGGAUGUCCGAAUGUCAGAAUCGAGGAGUUGACAACCGAUGAGGUGAGCAAUUCGAGAAGCUAUUAUCAGUUUCUAGUUCGGUUUUUCAGUACGCCGCGUUCAAAAAACGAUGUUUGCGGGGACCGGGAGAAUGGGAAACUCCUGACUGCUCAAACGUCGAUGAGGAGAAGUUGAGUACUGAAGAGUACAAGAGGAAGUGCAAGAAUCGAAGGAAAUCCCCAGAUUGUGAUCAAGUGGACGUGAAGCAGUUGACUGACGAACAGUUCUGGAUCCACAGAAAGAAGUGUGGAGAACAACCGGAAGAAUCUGGAAAUCCAUCUGUGGCACUCGAACGGGAACUUCUGAUCAAGAAGGGUCCGGAAGAUGGAUCCGACAAACCGACUCGCUUCGGAAACUGUGACGAUGUGAAUGUUCGUGAUCUCACCGAAGAGAAAUACUCCGAGUACAAGAGGGAAUGCAUGAAAACGAGAAAAACGUCGAAGCCAGACUGCGAUGACGUGGAUGUCAGGAAACUGUCCGAGGAGAAGUACCGAUUGUACAAGAGGAAUUGCCUUCGUUCUCCCGAUUCGCAUGGAGACUGUGACAGUGUUGACGUAGACAAUAUGGACAAGGAAGAAUAUGAAGACUACCGGAAAGAAUGCAAAACGAACACAUCUCCUGAUUGCACGGACGUCGACUUCCAGACACUGUCCAAUCAGAAGUUCAACGAGUACAAGAAGAAGUGUUCUAAACCGUCCGGACCCCGAUCUUCGACCGAAGACAGAUGCCUCAACGUCAACAUUGAAGAGUUGUCAGCCGAAGAGGUGCUUCAUUUUUCUAUUGAUCAUGUUCAAAACUUGAGUUUUCAGUUUGCCGCCUACAAAAAACGAUGCGACAAGGGAAUCAGAAGUAAACCGACCGACAAGCCAGACGAUGGAUCACCGGACUCUCCUGACUCUCCUGAUUCUGAAGAUUCUGAAGAUUCUAAAGAUUGUUCAGAUGUCAAAGUCGAAGAAUUGACUGCCGGACAGGUACAAUUUGCACGCGUUCAUCUGAAUACGUGGAUUUAUAUUUCAGUUGGCUGCUUACAAGAAGCGUUGUCCGAAGAACGGAAGGGAAACAUCCGGAGGUGACGAUUCCUGCUCGCAAGUGAACAUUGACGAAUUGUCGGAAAGAGAGUAUAAAAAGUUCCUGAAAAGAUGUACGAAGGCGCCUGAAAACAUGACGAUCGUCAAAAAAGUGACCAUCAGCAAAGAGUGUCAGAAUAAGAGCACGGAAGGAAUGAGCAAGGAAGAGUUCCUGGAGCACAUGGAACGAUGCUCUUUGGACUCCGGAAGACCGCACGUUGAGCUAGUGAAAAUCAUUAAAACGGAGGAGGGGCCAACCAGUUUCGGAAAGAAUCCCGAUGAGCCGGACGAGUGUCUGAAUAGAGAUGUGAAUCAGAUGGACGAGCGAGAGUUCAGAGAGUACCAGGAGAAGUGCGGAAAAUUCCGGAAAUCGUACCAACUGACUUGCGAUGCAGAUGUCAGCAAACUGUCUAAUGCAGAGGUAAGAGAAAGAUCUUUUUGGUUUUUUUUCAUUUCAUGAUAAUUUUUUCAGUUCCGAAGGUUCCGGAAGAUGUGCGGAAAAGAGAAGAGGCCGUUCGAAUGCGAUUCUGCCGACGUGGACUCGUUGAGUGACGAGGAUUACGCGAGAUUCGUGAAAGAAUGCGGAGAACGGAAGAAGUACGAUUGCAAGAAUGAGCGAGUGGAGAGAAUGAGUGCCGACGAGUACGAAAAGUACAAGAAGAAGUGUUUGAAACGGACCACGAAGAGUCAUGACGAGUGCAGAAAUGUGAAAGUGGAGGAGCUGGAUAAUCAGCAGGUGAGAAACACAGAAAACGCAUUUAUAUUACCCCGAACUGACUUUUUCAGUACGCUAAAUACAAGGAACGAUGCCUGGAGGAGGAGCCAGAGACGUCUCCGGAAGAGCCGAUGACAAAGGAACGGAAGAAGAUCGACUGCUCAGUUGUGGAUCCGAAACGAAUGAGCAAAGAAGACUUUGCAGAUUUCAAGAAACACUGCAGAGUCAAAGUUCUGACGGACGGACAUCGUGACAAUAUGAUUCUGACGAAGAAAGUGGAGAUUCACUUGGGAAAAGAGAAAUUCAGCUGUUACGAUCGAGAUGUGGACAAGAUGAGCGACGAGGAAUACGAGGAGUUCGAGAAACGAUGCCUGAACAACGCGCCGUUCCGAUACGAUUGCAGCACUGCCGACACGUCGAAGAUGAGCAAAGAAGAGGUGAGACUUGAAGAGAGUAAUCGAUAACAACACAAGAGUUUCAGUUUGUCGAGUAUCAGAAAGAAUGCCAACAGCCGAAGACCGUGAUCCUGAAGGAGGCCCUCGUCGUGAACAAGACAAACGAUCCUGUGAAGGACGGGUGCUACAACAGAGACGUGGAUGCGAUGAGUGAGGAAGAAUACUCCGAGUACGAACGGAAGUGCCUCGGAAUCGCCCCUUCUCCGAAACUGGAGAGGAAGAGUUCCAUCGACUGCCACAACGUCGAUCUGUCAAAGUUGUCGUACAGUGAGGUAUGCCAAAAUGUUUCUGUAGCUAUCGUCAUGUUCACUUUUUCAGAUUGAAGAACAUCUGAAACUGUGUCGCACUCGGGAGACUGCUUCUACUCCAGCUCCUCGACGUCGUCAUUCCUUGAAGUGUGCCGAUGUGAAUACGGAUAAUUUGAACGAGGAAGAGUACAAAAAAUGGGUGAAGGAGUGUUUGGAAACGAAGCCGAAGACGAUCAAAUUGGAGAGGGAGCUAAUUGUGAACAGGACGUCUCCAUCCUCUUCCGGCGGAGAAACUGUCACCGUCAAGAAGGUCGAAAUCCGCGAACAUCGACGUCCGGGAGAUGAUGACGGAUACCUGGAAGGAACUGAAGAUUUCGGAGUCAGAGUGCGUCCGGGGACGAGAAAGACUGUGAAGGAAGGAGUGCCGGACGAUGACGUGGAAUCGGAAACUGGGGUGAUUCUAGUGAAGAAGGUGAUUCACAAGAUUCCCGAAAGAAGCGAAACGAAUGAUGUCGACGACGACGACAAUGAACGAGGAGUGGUCGAAGUGAAGAAACUGAUAAUAAGAACGGGACGAAGGGAACCGGAAGUAGAUGAUUCCGAAGACGUAGAAGAGAUUGUGAGGAGGCCACGGAAGAAAGUGGGACCGAAGGAGGAGGUCGUUUUGAUCUCAGUGACCAAGAGACACCAACACCCGUAUCGAAAGAACACUCAGCCGACUGAGGAGGAACCGACGGAAGUUGUGAAGCUUACGAAGAACACACGUCAUCCGGAUAAGGUUCUGAGAGAAGUCAGGAUUCGAAAACACUUUGGAGCGGGUGUGCCAGAGGAGGAGACUCUUGUGCAGGAAAUCGGAGGACCCGAUUUCAGAAUCGUUCGGAAGACAGUGAUGGUGCCGCGCAAAGUUCGGAAGAUGAAGUCGACGACGACGACAACGACGACUCCCGCAGAACCAGAAUACUAUUACGACGAGGAGGAAGUUCCCGAAAUAGUUACUCUCGUGAAAGUGGAAAAGUUGAGUAGACCACUCAGGAAGCAUGCGAGACCUGUUGAUGAAGACGACGAGUACGUGGAUGUUCGCGAGGACGAGCCGAAGAGUUACAUCGAGUUCGAAGGAUACGUCAAAGUGCACGGGGCACCACGGAAGAUCGGAAAGCGGCCGAGGUUCACGGAUUCCGGAGAAGAGCCGGAGAUUCGGGAGGUCACACGGAAGGUGGUCAUGCAGCCGGGAGGAGAGGACGACGAUCUGAAGGGAGUCAAACUCAGAAGUCAUCGGAAACUGUUGAGGAUCGAAGAGAGACGCCCUGAAGAGCUCCCGGAGGAUUCGGAGCACGAGGUGACUGUGGUAAAGAAGCUGAAGGUGCUGAAGUACGGAGGGUCGGAGAAGGAACAGUUCGACGAUGAAGACGUGGAAGAAGAUGGACAAGUGAUCGUAAGGAAUAAGAAGAGAAAGUAUGCUCGCGAAGAUCAGAGAAGGCAGCUGGAAGAGGAAGAAAACGCCGUCGUCGAGGGAAGAGUUGAAGUGACUGGAAGGGCGCCAAAGAGAUUCCGAAUGGACGAAAAGCCGGAGAGAAAGGGAGCCAGAGGAGGAUCGAAAGACGAUCAGCCAGUUAUCGAAGAGGAGAACUCGCAGUACUACAGAAUCGGAGGAUCGGAUGAAGACGAUGAAGAGAAGAGAAGAAAGAGAAGAAAGGAAGAGGAGAGGCCUAAGGCAUUGGAAGAGGAAGAGGACGGUGGACUGAGAAGGAGAAGACGUCCGGAUGAAUCAGAAGAGGUCGGAAAGGAGAGAAGACCACGGCUGAAAGAAGAGAGUGAGGAGAUCGGAAAAUUAAGAAAGCACCCCGGAAUGGACGAAGAAGAUGAAGAUGUGACGAAGGGAAGACCUUCCCGAAACGACGAAGAAGUUGAGAUCAUCAAGAAAAAGUAUCGGGUUGGACCAGACGGCAAAAGAGAACUCAGGAAAGCGUCGGAAGGGCCUGAUGACGAAGGUGACGAGAGGGAAAUCGUGAUGCUGAAAAAGACGAGCUCCCUCAGAGUUCCUUUAGGAAUCAGGAAGACGUUGACCUCGGAGGAGCCAGAUGGAGACGGCGGAGAGGUUGUGACACUAAUGAAGAAGAAAGUGUAUCGUGUCGGAGCGGAUGGAAAGAGGACGUUGGUGGAAGAGGGCAAGCCGAGCACACGGAAAGGAGCAGCAGGAUCAGUGGCCCAAGAUCAACCGGGAGAAGACGAGGAAGAUGUGGUACUGAGGAAAAGAAAGAGAAGAACAUAUCGGAUUGGACCGGACGGGAAGAGAAUUCUGGUGAAGGAGGAGGAAUCUGGAGAAGAACCACGAGCGGAGGACGACAAGAGAGGAAGUGACCAGAGCGACGAAUCGGGAAUCAUUGAAAGAAAGAGAAGGACGUAUCGGAUCGGAAAGGACGGGAAGAGAGAAUUGAUUGGAGUGGAAGGCGAGCAUCCGGAAGAUGAAGAAGCUGUGACACUGAAAAAGAGGCAUCGGAUUGGAGCAGAUGGAAAGAGGACGUUUGUGAACGAUGAGGACGACGGCGAAAAGAUACUGCUCGGAACGAAGAAGAGUACGUACGGACCAGCAUUAGAAACGUCUCAAGAUCAACCGGAGAACGAGAUUGAUAAAAAGAAGAUCGUGAUGAAGAAGAGAAAGAAGUUCUACCGGAUAGGACCGAAUGGCCAGCGAGAACUAAUCAGAGAGGAGGAGAGAGGGGGAGACGAACCGAACGGAGGACCAGUUGCCCAUGAUGAACCGAUGGACGGAGAAGAGAAGAUCAUGAUGCACAAAAGGAAGAGGUUCUAUCGGAUCGGAGCGGAUGGCAAGAGGGAGCUGAUAAGAACGGAAAGCAAAGAAAACGAUGAUGAAGGUCCGAAAAGAAAGUCACUUUUGGGGGAGAAUAAGAGUUCGUACAGUCCGGAGCCACUCAACGACGAGCAAGAAGAAGUGGUGAUGAAGAAGAAGAAGAGGUUCUAUCGGAUCGGAUCAAAUGGGAAGAGAGAGCUAAUCAGAGAAGAGGGAGGAGAACCUAUGGCACACGGACAAUCAGAGGAUGAAGAGAAGAUUGUUAUGAAGAAGAAGAAAAGGUUCUAUCGAAUCGGAGCCGAUGGAAAACGAGAGCUCAUUCGGACCGAAGGAAGCGACGAACUGAACGUGGAUGGAGAGAAACAAGAAAAAAAGAGAAUGGAAAGAAAGGAAUCGAAAGACGAAGUCGGCGGAAUGAAGGAAUCGGAAGAUCAGAAGGAUGUGGACGGAGGAAAGAAGAGAGCCAACGAUGUUGAUGAGGAGGAGAAUGAGAAGAGAGUGAAAAGAGACGAGGAAGGAGCGGAAAAGAACGUGCAGAGGGAUCCGCCGAGCAAGAAAGCGAAGAAGUUCAUCUCAAGAAGAGGAUUCUUCAAGGGAGGAAUUCAGGCGGUCGCCGGCUCGGACGAAGACGAGAAUGUAUCGAAGAAGAAGGUUUCGGAUGAUGAAGAGGAGGAACCAUCGGAACAGAAGAAGAGCGGAGAGUACGAGUACGAAAGGACUCCCCGUCGGAAGAGAACUUACGUGCUGGACGGCGACGGAAACAGGAAACUGGUGAAUGAGCACGUGGGAGAAGGUGAGCAACCGAAUAGGAAAGGAGAUGACGGUUGAGUUCAGGUGAAUCGGACGUGGAUCUCGGAAAGCUGCUGCGCCCGAAAAAGAAAGUGACAGAGACGGAAACGGUGGACAAAAAACACGUGAGUAAUUAGAGUAGAACAGAAUGGAAUUAUGGUUGUUCAGACGGAGCGGCACACAGAAAUGAAACGGUCGAGCAGAACCGCACGAUCUUCGAAGAACUCACAGAAAAAAGGUAUUCGAAAUCAGAGAAGUCUGACAGGCAUCGCUUUGUUUCAGCGGGAAGAACUAUUCGGAAGUACCACAAGGAUAUCCACCUAAGAUCAAGUGGAAAGAGUGAGGAAGACAUUCCCGAACCGAAAUAA